AUGUCUAAAAGCAAAGCCAGUGAGGCGGUGCGGGUGGUGGUCCGCUGCAGACCCUUCAGCAGGAAGGAGGAGAUGACGGACUGUGAGAACAUUUUGGAGGUUGAUGCCAAACUGGGCCAGAUCAUCAUCAGGAACCCGAAGGCGCCACCUGAUGAGCCCAUGAAAGUCUUCACCUUCGACUCCGUCUACGGAUGGAACUCAAACCAAAGCGACGUUUACGACGAUGCGGUCAGACCUCUGGUGGAGUCUGUGCUCCAGGGGUUCAACGGGACCAUCUUCGCCUACGGACAGACCGGUACAGGUAAAACCUACACCAUGCAGGGGGUUUCAAACGACCCAGACAGAAGGGGGGUCAUCCCCAGUUCAUUUGAGCACAUUUUUACUCAUAUCUCCAGAACUAAGAACCAGAAAUACCUGGUGAGGUCAUCCUAUCUGGAGAUCUACCAGGAGGAGAUCAGAGAUCUGCUUUGUAAAGACAACAACAAGAAGCUGGAGCUGAAGGAGAGCCCAGACUUUGGGGUGUACGUGAAGGACCUGUCAUCGGUGGUGACCAAGAACGCCACUGAGAUCGAGCAUGUGAUGAGUAUAGGCAACCAGUCCAGGUCUGUGGGCUUCACCAACAUGAACGAACGCAGCUCCAGGUCCCACGCCAUUUUCGUCAUCACUGUGGAGUGUAGUGAGCUAGGGCCGGAUGGAGAAGACCACAUCCGUGUGGGGAAGCUGAACAUGGUGGACCUGGCUGGCAGCGAGCGCCAGAGCAAGACAGGUGCGAAGGGAAAGCGACUGAAGGAAGCUGCCAAGAUCAACCUGUCCCUGUCCGCGCUGGGGAACGUCAUUUCUGCUCUGGUGGAUGGGAAGAGCACCCACGUGCCCUACAGGGACUCCAAGCUGACCCGUUUACUCCAGGACUCGCUGGGUGGCAACGCAAAGACUGUCAUGAUUGCAACUGUGGGACCUUCACACAAGAACCACAACGAAUCCCUGGCCACCCUGAGGUACGCCUGCAGGGCCAAAAACAUCAAGAACAAGCCUCGGAUUAACGAGGAUCCUAAGGAUGCUCUUCUGAGGGAGUUCCAGGAGGAGAUCGCACGCUUGAAAGCCCAGCUGGAGGAGAGAGGGCUGCUGGCAAAGGAGAGGAGGAGGAGGAGGAACAGCAAAAGACUGAGCAGAAGUAUGGUCGGUGUGGAAGAAGAGUUCUUCAGAGAAAGGAACGAGGAGGUGUGGAAGACCGCUGAGGAGGAAGCGGAUGUGAAACAGCGCAUAAAGGAAGGCAGCGACGUUCCCAGUGUUCUGACCUGCCUGGGAAACACCGAGAAGCUGAAGCAUCUGAGUGGAAACCGAACAAGUGUGGAGGACCUGCAGUGGGACCAGGACGCUCUGGAGAAGAUCAUCGAGAAGUAUAAGGCCAUGGAGAGCAAACUGUUAGUGGGAGGAAAGACUAUAAUUGAUCACACAAAUGAACAACAAAAAAUGUUGGAGCAACGGAGGCAAGAGAUUGCAGAGCAGAUAAGGCGAGAGAGAGAAAUUCAGCAGCAGAUGAUGUUGCAGGAUGAGGAGACGUUAGAGAUGAAGGAGACCUUCUCCACCCUGCAGCAGGAGGUGGAGCUAAAGACAAAGAAACUAAAGAGGCUGUAUGCCCGACUGCAGGCAGUGAAGGCAGAGAUGACAGAUAUCAUCGAUGAGCAUGUUGUCAACCGACAGGAACUGGAGCAGACACAGCACGAACUCACCAGAGAACUCAAGUACAAAUAUCUCUUGAUUGAGAAUUUUAUACCUCCUGAGGAAAAGAAUAAGAUCGUGAACCGGCUGCACUUUGACAGCGAGGAGGAUCAGUGGAAGCUUCAACCGGUUCUUCCAUCUGAGAGCACACCCACUCAGGUCAAGAGAAGGCCUCUCUCUGCUGUGGGAUACAAGAGGCCGAUCAGCCAGUACGCACAGAUGGCUGUUGCCGCGGCAACCGGGGCCCCAUCCAGAUACCAGGCAGAGAAUAUUAUGUUGCUGGAGUUAGACAUGAGUCCUCCAACACUGUUCACCUUGAACCUCAAUGGAGCUCACCUGGAGAGGGCAUUCUCUCCCAGGCUAAUGCAGGAUCUGCUGGUUCAUGUUCCCAUCAGAGAAAGGAGCAGCUCAGCGUCGUCACGGGUCAGGAAAUCCCAAUCCUGGUAUCAGGCUCCACAAGCAGCAUCUGUCACCCCAUCCCCAUCCUCUGCCGCCCUGGCAUCAGGAUCUCAGAGUUUCUAUCAGUCUCCAAGACAGAGGCCAGCCUCUGCCACCUAUCUGUCCCAUGGAAGUCCACUUCAGACCAGCCCCUGAGACACUUUCUAUACAGGACCGUCCUGCUUCAGAGUGCACAGAGGACACUGGACUGACCACAAGGCAACAGGCACAGACUAGAGUGGGAUCCUUUGCAUUGAUUUCAAGUUUUUUUCCUGACAACGAUUCACUUUAGUAAUAAGCAUGUAUUUAAUUUAGCCUUGUUGGUUUAUUAAGAAAUGUUACAUGAGUGUUGUGGUCUCACUCUCUGUUUUCUGGCUUUUUUUCCACAAUUGCCUAGUGACUUGCUGGUUAUGCAAUUACCGCGAGUAAAGUUGAACUGGAAUUUGCUUUGACAAACGGUAAACUGCUAUUGGGCUCAUUUCAAGCCUUACCUUUUUAUUUUCCUCAUUUAUUUAUUUAUUUAUUUGUCUAUUUAUCUAUCCAUCUAUUUAUCUGCUACACUUAAGAUGCCUUUUAUUUCCCAAAGACAGGCAUUUAGUGAACAUAGGGCCCGAUACUACCUGUGGCCAUCCUGGGUUGCCUCUUGUUGCUUUUAUUUCUAGCUACUGUAAUUCUUGUGAGCCAAAAAUGUGAAGAAGCUUGCAGUGCUCUGUUAAUUAGCUGCCUUAUUUUUUCAUAAGUGUGGAAUUGUGCAAAGUAAUUUCUCUUACACAUGACAAUAAACAUUCAAAUAUGUCAGUGUGCCUCU